AUGAGCAAAAUUUUGUUUUCAGACUUCUGUGCUACGCUAGAGAAAAUAAACCUGACAACCAAGCGCCUAGAAAUCCAGUCGAUUUUGACAAAUUAUCUGAAGGAGGUAUGUGAAACUCACCCUCCAUCGCUAGCACCAGCUCUAUAUUUGUCUACUGGAAUGGUUUAUCCGGAGUAUUUUAAUAAGGAGCUUGGUGUUGGAGAAAACGCCCUUGUAGGUGUGGUUGCAGAGUUCACAGGGAAGUCCAUCAAAAGUAUCAGAAAUGAGUACUCGAAAGAAGGGGAUUUAGGGACUAUAGCAAUGAAGUGCAGGGUGUCACAGCUGUUUAUACCGAAGACACAGCUGGAGGUAAUGGAUGUAUUUCUUGGAAUGAGGAGGAUAGUGAAUGAGGGGGGACCGAAGUCCUCUUCCUCCAAAAAGAGAAUCAUUCUUGGGAUGAUGGUCAAAUGCUCACCGUUAGAAUCCAAGUAUCUUAUAAGACUAGUUGAAGGAAGGCUUAAGAUAGGAUUGGCUCUUAAGACUGUAUUGAUAAGCCUUGGAAAUGUAUUUUCUAGUGAUAAGGUCGACGAAAUCAAGGCAGCCUUUAAUCGCCAGCCGGACAUAGGAAGGCUGGCAGAAUGCAUACUUGAACAUGGCGUGGAAAAGCUUUCAACAAAGUUUCAGGUUACUCCUGGAAUUCCUUUGAAGCCCAUGCUAGCAAAUCCUUCAAAAGACUUGACAUCAGCAUUCAAGAGGGUUGAGGACAAAAGAUUUGCCUGUGAGUAUAAAUACGAUGGGGAAAGAGUCCAGAUUCAUAGGUUUGGUAACAAUAUAGAAACAUUCAGUAGAAACUCCGAGAAAACAACGGAAAAGUAUCCUGAUCUAAUGGAUCUUUACAACAUAGCGGACAAAGACUUUAUUAUUGAUGGAGAGAUUGUUGCGUAUGACAGAAAAGAAUGCAAAAUCCUUCCUUUUCAGGUAUUGACAACAAGAAAGAGAAAGAGAGUGGAGAGCAGCAAGAUAGACGUCCAUGUAUGUGUGUUUGGAUUUGACCUGAUAUAUUUUGAUGGCAAGACCUAUAUUGAUGAGUUAUUGGAGGAAAGGAGAAGAGUACUACAUAACUCAUUCAAAGAAAUGAAAGGGAGGUUUCAGUUUGCCGAGUUUAAGGACUGUGAGACACCAGAAGAUGCUGAAGCAUUCUUCAAUACAUCUGUUGAAAAAGGAUUUGAAGGAAUGAUGGUGAAAACGUUGGGAUCUGAUGCAACUUAUCUGCCAUCACAGAGAAGUAACAAAUGGAUAAAAAUAAAGAAGGACUACCUGGAGGGUAUGUCUGAUUCUUUGGACUUAGUUGUAAUGGGGGCGUAUUAUGGAAAGGGGAAGAGAGCCGGGUUUUACGGAGGAUUUUUACUUGGAGUGUACAAUGAUGAAGAAGAAAAGUUUGAGGCUUUGUGUAAGAUUGGGACUGGAUUUGAUGAUAACAUUCUAUCGAAGCUUUAUGAGCAACUAAGCAGCAAUCUGUGUGGGGCACCUAAGAACUAUUCAUACAAAGAGUCGAUCAAGCCGGACGUCUGGGUUGAAGCCAAGUAUGUAUGGGAGGUUAGAGCGGCUGGGAUGUCGCUGUCGCCAAUAUAUAAUGCCGGGGGGAGCAGAAAUGGAAAAGGAAUAUCAUUAAGGUUUCCCAGGUUUAUAAGAGAAAGAGAUGAUAAAGAUGUAAAGGAAGUAACUACUUCCUCCCAGAUUUAUCAGAUGUACCUAGACUCAAAGAUUGAGAAUUCUGAGGAAUUCUAUUGA